AUGAGUGGUGACAACAUUUGUGGUGGCCACAUGGGUGGUGGUAGCAUGAGCUGUAGCAAUAUGAGCGGUUGCAACAUGAGUGGUGACAACAUUAGUGGUGGCCACAUGGGUGGUGGUAGCAUGAGCUGUAGCAAUAUGAGCGGUUGCAACAUGAGUGGUGACAACAUUAGUGGCGGCCACAUGGGUGGUGAUAGCAUAUGUGGGUGCAACAUGAGCGGUAGCAGCAUGAGGGGUGGCGGCAUGAGUGGUGUCAACAUUAGUGGUGGCAACAUGGAUGGUGGUAGCAUGAGCUGUAGUAAUAUGAGCGGUUGCAACAUGAGCGGUGGCAACAUGAAUGGUGGUGGCAUGAGUGGGUGCAACAUGAGCGUUUGCAGCAUGAAUGGUGGUGGCAUGAGUGGUGGCGGCAGCAGCGGUGGCAACAUGAGCGGUGGCGGCAGUAGCGGUGGCAACAUGAGCGGUGGCAACAUGAGUGGUGGUGGCAUGAGUGGGUGCAACAUGAGCGGUGGCAACAUGAGUGGUGGCGGCAUGAGUGGUGGCAACAUGAGCGGUGGCAACUCGGAGGAAGUAGAAAGGAUGGCCCCUUCAGACCCCAAAUGCCACGUUCAGCGGAAGUUUAUCCACCUUCUGCCUGUAAUAGCGCUCUUUACGGCUCCAGGCUCCAAGUUUAAUGAGCGUAAGGAGAAGGCAGGUCCACUAAUAGGCAUAAAAUCCAGUAAAUGUAAUAUCAUCAGAAAUAUUGGAUCACUUGAAGAUUAG